AUGAAGCUUAUCAUUAUUCCCCUCGUUGAACAAAACGUUUCUGGUUGUGACUGUUUCGAACCUGCCCAUAAGUUUGACGCAAAGUGGUGCCUUGACUUGCAUGGGUAUCUUAAUCGCGAGGAAUUCGCUGCUCGACUAAGAGAAGUCAAUAACUUUAUUAAAGCCUUUCCAUUGUUGAGUAAGAGGUCAAAGAGAUAUCUCACAUAUGGUAUCGGAGGAGUAAUCGUACUCAUCCUCUUCGCUGUACUUGCAAUUGCAUUUUCCGGAUCGGCUGGGAAGAAUCCCGGCUCUACUUAUGCCAUCACUGUCGUAAUCGAAGCCUUACUUAGUCUUGCCCUCCCGAUUGGGCGAAAAAUAGUCGAUAACAUGGCAAAGAAUCGUGCCGAAAUAUUUACACAAAACUUGGAACCUGUGCUCGAACAGUUUAAUCGAAAAGAAAACCCAACUGCUAAUUGGAAACUUGUAUGGAUUGAAGUUCUCACCCACUACAACAUAAAUAUGAACUCGGACGGUAAAGGGACAGCCACACCAAAAUACGCCGAGCAUGCAGAGUUAGUAAUCGAAAUCAAUGAUGCUCUCUCUGAUCUUACCGCCCAAACUGUUCGUGUAAAUCUUGCACCCACUACAAGUCCGGUAAUGUAUACUAAUAACACCGGUGUCUAUGCUCCUCAAAUGGUUAAUGUGGCAUGA